UGGAUGUAUUGAACCAUGGUAAUGAAGGUCCAGAAGGGAACGAUCUGCUUUGUGUUCUUUCUACUCCACAUGACACACGUCGCCUGGACACAGACUUUUGCUGUCAUUGGACCUUCUACUGACAUUUUUGCUCUUCUUGGUGAAGAUGUCACCCUACCUGCCUCACUCUCACCACCACUAAGUGCUCAGGAGUUUGAGGUGAGAUGGUUUCGAAAUGACUUCUACUCUCCAGUACUUUUAUACCAGAAUCUUCAAAUUAGACCUGAGAGUCAGUUGCAGGCCUAUAACGGGAGGACUUCACUUUUCCCAGAAGAGCUCAUGAGUGGAAAUGUGUCUCUGAGACUCCAGGAUGUCCGUGUUUCUGAUGGCGGUCUCUACAGAUGUUUUGUGGACUCUCGACUAUGGGAUGAAGAGGCUCACAUCACUCUGAAUGUUGAAGCCAGAGCCUGUGAGGAAGAACUAACACUCACCUACACGUGACAACACUUGAUGGACCUGCACCCUUCAUCUUCCGCCAUGCUGGAGUCAACCUAAUCACUGGGC